CUUCAUUCAGUUUUCUUGAUAUCGUUGCGUGCACGGAGCCGUGCACUGAGGAAUAUGCGAGCGAGUACAAUAGAAUAUCCGAUUAGAGCCACAUAUAUUGCGGAGCGCAUUGCGGUUUACUGUCGAGGUACACGUCAACGGAAGUGACAUAUGUUUACUGCAACUGCCUAAGCCUAAAAGAUUCUACUUAAAAUACGUGCACAUAUCCGAAUAGCUAUCGAUCUACCAUGCACAGGUAAACAGUGCUUCUUGUUGCCAAACGUUACGCGUGAUCAAAAGUGGGGCGAUUCAUACACUGCAUUCAACACGGAGGUCAUGUAAUCCCCACUGUUCGCCAUGAGUCAUCGUAUGUUACGGCAACGGUACCCCAAAGAGAAAACACCCCAGAAUACUUCUACCCAACCAUCGUUACAGAAUACCACAGCAUGGCAUGAUAAUGCAUUUCAAGUGCCAGGUGGGACUGACCAUCAAGCAGAUAGAGUGCUUCCCCCGCCUGGAGAGGCUCUCCCGAAGAUGCCCGAACAACCUGUGGCGUGGGCAGCUGUUACUCCGCAACCCUGGGGAGUAACUUCACCUCCGCACGAAGGGGCGCUCGCCACGUACCAGGCUUCGGACUACCCACAAGACCAACACCAGCAGUACCUUCAACAGGUCCCCGGGAUGCUUUCCAACGCUUCUGAGGUUCCGCUAGUACAACAGAACUGGUCCCCAGCAGUAUGGGAGAGUCAGGAGGGGAGUGCCCCGUGGAGUGCGCUGCAAAAUAGUCAACAGCAGCAACCUUGGGUUCAUCAAGGUGCAGACAUGGGCCAAGCUCAAGGGUGGGAUCACGAGACAGGCAGCUGGGAUCCGACGACGACGUGGCAGUAUUAUGGUCAGCAACCGGGACAGUGCUUUCAGCCAGAACAGCAGUACCUGGCAGACCAGCAGUACCUUGCAGGACAACAGUAUAAUUCUGAACAGCAAUAUCAGUCAGCACCGUUGGAAAGCUUUCAGAAUGGCCUUGUCUGCACUGACCAGAACGCCGCUCUGUCAGGGGGAGAUACUGCAAGCAGUUCUCAUCAGCCCCCCGCAGAAGUCUCUAGGCACGAAAAGCUAGCUUUUGACUCUUGUGAAAACAACUCUUCUCUGCAAGACACCUCUGCAGUAAAGGGCUGUGAAGGCGACGAAAGCACGGUGUCCAUGUUCUUUGGAGAAGCCAUGAGUGACUCCACGUUACCUGCCACGUCCAAAGGAUAUGGGACUUCAGGUGAACAGUCGGGCAUGUGUAACCCAGUACUUGAGCACAAGCCAGUGCAAGCCUUCAACAUGGACAGCAGCACAGUAGUGGAUGAAUUGCACCCCACGGAAAAGUCUACAAACGAUCUCACGGAUACUUCGAAUGCCAGCCCUGCGUGUUCAGCAUCAACGCCAGAUGACCAUGUUAAUCAAGAGGUGCCAGAACCAGUUACAGCAAUCCCCGUGGCCUCGGGCAUAUCUACCGAAGCUGUUAACUUGGAAACUGUGUGUGAUGACAGGAAUCAACCUUCUGUAGCACGAAAAGCAGUCAUCAAGCCACGGCAGGGUAGUCCAUUUCGUCCACCUCCAGCUAAGCAUAGCUCUGAUCCAGAUUACCUUCGACUUAUCUACCAGUUAUUGUGGUAUUUGUGGCAUGCUCUAAUGCAGCCAGUGCCAGAAGCACACCUCAAACAACCGCCACUCCUUCCUCUCGAUGGCUCUCCGAACAUGGAGACUCAACCCGAUAACCUAGAACAUCCUCCGGACACAGAAGAAGUCUCUGGACAGAAGCACGUAGCAUCAUCAAGUCGGCAUAAACAUAGGAGUGCCUUCUUUGGACCUCUCACAGAAAACCAAAAGAGCAAUCUUGCUUCAAUAACUGGGGCUGCACUUACCUUGCUUGACAUGCCAGAGAUGCCCGCAGUGGUGACCUUAGUGCCUGCUGCGCCACCUUUGAGCCCACCUCUUAGACCACCAUCGAGAGAUUCAUCCAGGUCAAAUGCCGAGGAACAUGUAGUAGCUGCAGCGACGCGCGCUCCAGUGGAAGGUGGUGCAGCGCCUCCAACGAGUGCACGUGUACAUCCCCAGGGGGAGCGGGAUGGUCCUUUACCCAUGACUAGGCAGAGCCCCCUAGGUGGGGAGGAAGGUGUCACGCAAGGACGGCUCCUUGUUCAAGACAGUCGUACACGUCUAGCUGAACCACAGGAACCUCUGGUUGCUGGCAUGCUUGCUACUAGUUCUCCUAAGGCAACUGACCGGGAGUUGCUACAGAGGACCGAGCCUUCAGGAAGCACAGACUGUGCUGCACAGGAUAAUCCUUUAAGUCAAGAAGAAAACUCUGAUCUUGACACCACUCCAGCCGCAGACCUAGAAACAACAGUGUGUGCUCAUCACGUCUCCACAGUAGAGUCUAGUAAAGCUUCCGUGCCUCAUUCGAGGGAGUUAAAAGAUAGGGGAGAGAAUCCUGUCGGCAGCAACCAAGAUGGCGGCGAGGUCAGGGGCAAAGCAAGGAGCGACAGAGGGGAAGAUAGGAACGACUACCACAGGCAUGAUGUGGCACACGAAGACUCCCGCAGGGAAGCAUGGAGGGAUGAUUACGGCGAUGACCGGAAGGACCGCAGAGCGGGCAGAUGGGAGGACACCCGUGGGGACCGCUGGGGUGACGAAAGCAGAGAGCACAGGGGUGAAUGGAGGUACGACUCCAAGGAUGAGCUGAGGAGGCAAAGAGGAGAUGAUUGGGGCCCAGAAGAUCACAGGGGAGACUGGACAGGGGAGAGAGGAUAUCAUUGGAGAGACGACCGAAGUGAUAGUUGGAGGCGAAGGGAGAGGAGGGAUGAAAGGAGGCCACCUGGGUACGAUAGGCGAGAAGACCGCCACUGGGACGACCGUAGGUUGCCAGACAGGAGGGACCCAAGGCGCCCCGAAUACGAGUACGGCUACGGCACGAGAGAAGGCUCACGACCGUCGAGCCGCACUUCGGUUGAUGAUCCUCGUCUUGAGAGCAGCGGAAUGCGAGAUGCCCGCUAUCCGCCACGUGGUGCAUACCAACCAGAAGACGAACGGCCUCCUUCCAGGCAUAGUGAAUCCAACGAGUCCUCGCCAGAAAACCGUAGGGCACACUGGGGGAGACAUGACCGUUAUGGGACAAGGAGCGAUGAUCCAGAAUCGUAUUACCAACAGCAGAGGCAUAAAGGAAAAUAUCCAGCAAAUGAAAGUUACGACUAUAGUGCUUACGGAAGGGACUACUACAACUACUAUCGUUACGGAUAUGCACCUCGCUCUGGCUAUGGCUAUGGAUACUACGACGAGCUCUAUAGGACGAACCCAGUCUAUCGGCAACAGGUGGCAGAGUAUUACGCACAACUAGGGUAUGACCCAUCGUACUUUGAGCGCCUUAGUGUUCAUUCUGGAAGGAGCUCCGUAAAUGAUGAUUCCCAAAGAGAGUCUUCCUUCGCUGAUGACGACGUCGCUCCGUUUUCAUCCUACGACGCAACUAUUCAUGAUGGCUAUGCUGAAUCGUCACGUGUUGCGGAAUCCACACAUGUGCCACAGCCAGAGGAAGUAAAGAAGUUUUCUCAUCCUCAUCCCCUUGCACGUUUUUUGGGAUCCUACUCUCUGCUGAAGCUAGUGCCUUCCACUGCUGGGAACGUCCCUCCUUUACUUGAGAUUCACGAUCUAAAGCACCUGUUCCAAAAAGAUCCUCAGUUCAAGGAACUCAAACAGUUUCCUGGACCUCUAGUUAGGUCGGACACUCAUAAGAACGACGUGAUCCAGUUCUGCAAUCAGAAGAUACAGUCGUUGAAAAACAUUCCAGACCUACCAGACAGGUCAUCCCACAUACUCUUAUGGGAACUCCUCAUACUCCUGCUGAGGCAGAACGGGUUCGUUUCAGGUACGGAUAUCUCCGAACUUCUUCUCGAAGGUCACGAUAUUUUGAGCUCGGGAGCAUCCCUAGCCCCACCGCCUGCACCACCCCUUGAUGGAAUUCCCCUCGUCGAGGAGGAGAGCAGUCCGUCUCCAGAUGAGGGCAUUGUUGUACAGGACCGCACACUGCUCAGUAUCUCGGGGCCUAAAGCGUUGGCAAAGUUCAGAGAGUUCCUCCUCUUUGGACAUAAAAAGGACGCACUGGAUUGGGCUAUGCAGCACGGCUUGUGGGGACAUGCGCUCUCCCUUGCAGCUAAAAUUGACACACGCACUUACGCCAAUGUCAUGACCCACUUCACGAGCUCACUGGCUGUUAAUGAUCCCCUGCAGACCCUCUACCAGCACCUCUCCGGACGACAGCCUACAGCAGUGACGUGCAUUGCAGAUGAGAAAUGGGGUGACUGGCGUCCGCACUUGGCUAUGAUAUUGUCUAAUCCAUCGUCUAAGCCACAUGUGGAUGCACGCAGCAUAACUACGCUUGGUGACGUACUUGCCUCUAGGGGUUGCCUUCCAGCAGCCCACUUCUGCUACUUGAUGGCACAAGUGGAGUUUGGUUCCUACAGCUGCAAGUCCAGCAAAGUGGUGCUCCUGGGCUCCAGCCACACGCUGCCUUUCAAAGAAUUUGCCAGCAAUGACACCAUUCAGUGCACCGAGAUAUAUGAGUACUCGCAAUCUCUUGCCAACCCAGGUUUUGUGCUUCCUCAUCUCCAGGUCUACAAAUAUAUUCAUGCUACCAGAUUAGCAGAUUACGGUUUCAGCGAAGAAGCUCUUCACUACUGCGAAGUGAUAGCAGAAGCUAUAGGGAAAAGCCCUUCCAGCUACCGCACGGAGCUGGUUGCUCAGGUGUACGAACUGGCUUCUCGACUGAAAUACCACGACCCACACUUCAGCCAGGGCCAGGGAGAAGUUGAGGAGCUGGGAGAUCCUGCUUGGCUCGUCAACUUUGCUGCCGUGCUUCAGUGCCACAGGGAGGGUCUAGUUGAUACUCCACAACAGAUGUAUGGCUACACUGAGCAGUCUGGUGUUGGGUCUAGUGGAGAUGGGACGCAACACACUGCACAGUAUUCUCAGCCAGACAACUCUACUGCCACAGCUGCCUAUGACCAGUCGUACCAAGAUUAUUCAAGUAUACCGGGCUCGCAGCCUGAUUACACCUCUUUCCAGGCCCAGCAGAACACUAUUUAUGAAGGCAAUGUUGAAGGAACAAAUACUCAAGCAGAUACACAGCAUGGCACGUUGCAGGGUUCGUACCAGCCAACGCAGCCAGCACCGAGCGCAUGGAAUGCUGUGCCCCAGGUAGCUUCACAGCCUGCUUACGGUUCUCCGCUAGUCAGUGAGACUCACAUGAUGAAUGGAACUGGCAAAUUCUCCGAGCAAGGUUCCCCUCCGGCCACGAUGCCAGCAUCUGCCAGCUUCGACUACUACAAGGCAAGCAUGUACACAGAGGCUCAACAGCAGCAACAGUCAUCACGUGAGAGAUUGAGCAGCAUCAGCAGCAGCGCAGACACACGGGAAACCUCUCGUAGGGACAGCUUGGACAGUUCAGCUCUCUCGAGUCGACCAAGGACAGCAUCUGGUCCCAGGCAACCUCCCCCAACACAGCAAGAAAAAUCCGAACAGGACACCAAGGAUGCGUUGAAGGCAAAAGGCUCUGGAAAAAGCUGGCUAGGAGGUAUCUUCGGGAAACUGCGUUUGCGGGCUACAAAUGAAAUGUACCUCCCUGAUGACAAAGACCCGGACAUUGUGUGGGAUGAGCAAAAGAAAUGCUGGGUGGACAAGACCGCCGGUCCCUGUGAGACGGACAACAAGGUGCUAGCACCGCCCACUGAUAGUGCCUUACAAACAAACAAAAUUGUGCAGCCAGACGGAAAGCCCAGCCAAAACAAAUUUCAAAUGAACAAGCGUAGAGAUUUCAGAAAGAAUUAUGUAGAUAUCCUGAAUCCUGGAGGCAGUACAAAGCCCGUCGUAGCGAGCGUGCCGCCCUUGACACCAGAUGUCGCUCCCGUGACGUCUGCGCCCCAGUUCUUCAUACCGCAACCAACUGGUCAAGACACUCCUCAUUCGGAGGGCUUCGAUUUUGUCUCGUCGCCCUCAGUCCACUUUGUACAGGACGGAAGUGCUCCACCAUGUCCAGAGAACAGUACAUCUCCACAAGCGCAACCGCCCAAGGCUGUAUCAUCCCCGAUGAUGUUCGACCCAGCCGAGUUCCAGACUCACGGCGAUAGCGGAGCAUUUCACAAGGCGGGAGGGAAUUUAGCGCGGAGAAAAGCCUACCCUACAUGAAAUCAUUCCCGACGUGUUAAGUUAGCUCUUUCAUGGUGUUUAUUCUGCACUUGGUUUAUCCUCCUUGUUGUCUUAGGGGUUUACAUUGUUCAGUGAAACACAAACGUUACUACAGGUUCGGAUCAACGCCAGUGUGUGCAUGGUUGAGGAGUUCGUAGGAUGUUGAGAUGUAUUAGUACUUUUAUCAACUGUUUUUGUUCAGGAGUGUUUAGGUUAUAAAUUUUCCAUUUCGUAAAUAGUGCAGAACGUAACGACUUCACACUGUACAAACAACAGAAGCUUGUGAUGUCCGCAUAAUGCAGCGUCGUGAUUUUUUAGGUUCACUUUGCUCAAGAUGACAUACAUACAUUCAGGUGAGAGAGCUGUCAGGUGAAGUGGCCUUUCAACGGCCCUUCAUGUUUUUUUUGUGUAAUAAUAAUAAUUGGAUUUGCAAACUGACAGUCAUGAUAGAAUGCUUAUGUACAGUGGAGCGGAAGCGUUGGUGUAUUUUGUGGAUAUUACGAAGCAACAACACGAAGCAAAAUAAAAGAAUGCUGUAAUCAGC